AUGGAGGUGGCGGAGGCAGAGGCGGAGGCGCGGUGCCGGGUGCUCUCUAUCCAGAGCCAUGUCGUGUGCGGCUACGUGGGCAACAAGGCGGCGAGCUUCCCGCUGCAGGUUCUGGGAUUUGAAGUUGAUCCUGUGAAUUCUGUCCAGUUUUCAAACCACACAGGUUAUGCUCACUGGAAGGGUCAGAUGUUAAAUUCAGCUGAACUCCAUGAGUUGUAUGAAGGACUUAAACUGAACAAUGUCAACCACUAUGACUACGUACUCACAGGUUACACGAGGGACGCAUCAUUCCUUGCAACGGUGGUUGAUAUCGUUCAGGGGUUGAAGCAACAGAACUCUGACCUGGUGUACGUGUGUGAUCCAGUGAUGGGUGACAAAUGGAAUGGAGAAGGCUCUAUGUAUGUGCCAAAGGAUCUUCUCCCAGUCUACAGGGACAGAGUUGUACCCGUUGCAGAUAUAAUAACUCCUAAUCAGUUUGAGGCUGAGUUGCUCACUGGGAGAAAGAUUCACACAGAAAAAGAAGCUUUAGAGGUAAUGGAUAUACUUCAUGCUAUGGGACCAGAGACAGUGGUGAUCACAAGCUCAGACCUACAGGGUUCUCUAGGAAGUGACUUCCUAAUUGCACUAGGGAGCCAAAGGAAAACUAGAGCGGAUGGCACCAAGGUGACCCAGAGAAUUCGAAUGGAGUCUCCUAAAGUGGAUGCUGAUUUCGUUGGAACUGGAGACUUGUUUGCUGCGAUGCUCUUGGCCUGGACACACAAACAUCCAAAUAAUCUUAAGGUGGCAUGUGAAAAGACUGUAUCAGCUAUGCAGCAUGUUCUGCAAAGGACCAUCAAGUGUGCAAAGGCACAUGCUGGAAAAGGAAACAAACCUAGCCCAGCCCAGCUGGAAUUGAGAAUGGUCCAAAGCAAAAAGGACAUAGAAAACCCAGAGAUAAUAAUAAAAGCUACUGAGUUAUAA